AUGUUUGUGUUCACCUUCGUAGUAGUUUUCAGUCGUCAUUUUCGCAGUAUUCGGUCGUCAUUUUCGCAGUAUUCGGUCUUAAUUUUCGCAGUCUUCAUCUUCAGUCUUCGGUCUUCAUCUUCACAGUCUUCGGUCUUCAUCUUCAUUCUUCGGUCUUCAUCUUCACAGUCUUCAGUCUUCAUCUUCGCAGUCUUCGAUCUACAUCUUCACAGUCUUCGGUCUUCAUCUUCUCUUCGGUCUUCAUCUUCGAAGUCCUCGGUCUUCAUCAUCGCAGUCCUCGGUCUUCAUCUUCGUAGUCCUCGGUCUUCAUCUUCGCAGUUUUUGGUCUUUAUCUCCGCAGUCCUCGGUCUUCAUAUUCGCAGUCCUCAGUCUUCAUCUUCGCAGUCCUCGGUCUUCAUCUUCGCAGUCUUCGGUCUUCAUCUUCGAAGUCCUCGGUCUUCAUCUUCGCAGUCCUCGGUCUUCAUCAUCGCAGUCCUCGGUCUUCAUCAUCGCAGUCCUCAGUCUUCAUUUUCGCAGUCCUCGGUCUUCAUCUUCGCAGUCCUCUGUCUUCAUCUUCGCAGCCCUCGGUCUUCAUCUUCACAAUCCUCGGUCUUCAUCUUUGCAGCCCUCGGUCUUCAUCUUCGCAGUCCUCGGUCUUCAUCUUCACAGUUUUUGGUCUUUAUCUCCGCAGUCCUCGGUCUUCAUCAUCGCAGUCCUCGGUCUUCAUUUUCGCAGUCCUCGGUCUUCAUCUUCGCAGUCCUCGAUCUUCAUCUUCGCAGCCCUCGGUCUAUCUUCACAAUCCUCGGUCUUCAUCUUCGCAGUCCUCGGUCUUCAUCUUCGCAGUCUUCGGUCUUCAUCUUCGAAGUCCUCGGUCUUCAUCUUCGCAGUCCUCGGUCUUCAUCAUCGCAGUCCUCGGUCUUCAUCAUCGCAGUCCUCAGUCUUCAUUUUCGCAGUCCUCGGUCUUCAUCUUCGCAGUCCUCUGUCUUCAUCUUCGCAGCCCUCGGUCUUCAUCUUCACAAUCCUCGGUCUUCAUCUUCGCAGCCCUCGGUCUUCAUCUUCGCAGUCCUCGGUCUUCAUCUUCACAGUUUUUGGUCUUUAUCUCCGCAGUCCUCGGUCUUCAUCAUCGCAGUCCUCGGUCUUCAUUUUCGCAGUCCUCGGUCUUCAUCUUCGCAGUCCUCGAUCUUCAUCUUCGCAGCCCUCGGUCUAUCUUCACAAUCCUCGGUCUUCAUCUUCGCAGUCCUCGGUCUUUAUCUCCGCAACCCUCGGUCUUCAUCUUCACUGUCCUCGGUCUUCAACUUCGCAGUCCUCCGUCUUCAUCUUUGCAGUACUCAGUCUUCAUCUUCACAACCUUCGGUUUUAAUGCAGUGCUAUGCAGUCUUCGGUCUUGCGAUUCGUAAUUUUCGGUGUCCAUGGGUCAUCAUCUACGUAGCCUUCGGUCUUCAUCUUCUUAUACUUCGGUCAUCGUCUUCGCAAUCUUCGGGGUUCACCGUCAUUGUAAUUUUUGGUCUUUAUCUUGUCUUCUGUGUUUUCGUAUUCUUCAGUCUUUAUUUUCGCAUGUUUUGGUGUUGGUGCACGGUGCAUCUUUGCAUUUUUAGGUUGUUGUCCGUAGUUUUAGGUUGU